CGGCUUUUUUUCACUCCUUGUCUUCGUCUCUCGCUGUGCUGUGCACCCACUUUCGCUUUCGCUUCACCACUCACGCUUUCGCUCAUUACCAAGCCCGACUUCCGCUUUCCUUCUUCUUACAUACCAAUUCGCCAACAUGAAAUACUCAACCGCAUCCGUCAUCGCCCUGGCCGGCAUAGCCAAUGCUCUGCCUUAUCCGCAGUUCAGCUUCCCCUCAUUUAGCAUGCCUUCAUUCUCUAUGCCAUCCGGUCUUCCCUCGUUUGGCUCUGGACUUGGUGGCAGUGGGUCGUCCUUCAGCUCUGGGGGUCUCCCGGGCUCAACUUCUUCUACCGGCGGUGCUGGCUCUUCUCUUGGAGGAGGCUUGGCCAAUCUGGGUGGUGGCCUAGGAAGCGGAGGCCUUGGAGGAAACAGCUUCAGCAUUCCAAGCUUUGGAGGCGGCCUCGAUGGAUCUUCUGACGGCCAAGCUACUGCAACCCCCACCACGAUUACUACCGGAGCUUUGCCUACGAGCACUGGAACUACUGAAGACAGCAGUGGUAGCAACGCAAAUAACGGCGCCAGCUGCGCGGGUAGCACCGGCGGCAGCUCCGAGAAUGGUGUCACGGGUGGUACCUGCUGCACUGACAUAACCGUUAUCUUUGCUCGUGGCACCGGAGAGUUAGGUAAUAUGGGUACAGUCUCUGGUCCUCCUAUGGUCAAGGCCAUCAGGUCGAAGCUUGGCGCUGACAGGGUCACUGUCCAGGGUGUCGACUACGCUGCUUCCGCUGCUGGCAAUGCCAACUCGGGCGGAGAUGGAGGCAAGAUCAUGGCUCAAUAUGUUCAGCAGGCGCUUAAGCAGUGCCCUGGCACCAAGGUCAUCGUCUCUGGUUACAGCCAGGGCGGUAUGGUCGUCCACAACGCUUUCUCAAACGGUGUCUCUGCAUCCGAGGUUGCUGGUGCCAUCAUGUUUGGUGACCCGUUGAAGCGUCAGGCUCUCUCUGACUUAUCCACCGACAAGGUCAAACAAUUCUGCGGUACCUCUGACUUCAUCUGCGGUGGUGGCGGUGAUGGUGGGGCCACUGGCAGCCAUAUCAGCUAUGGCAGUGUCGCUGACUCCGCUGCUUCCUUCGCGAUCCAGGCUGCUGGUCUUUCUUAGGCUCAACAUCGAUGCGAAAAUUGAAUGAAGAGGAAGGCAAUAACGCAUGGAGAAAAGACCUGCAGGAUCAGGGAUCCAUAAGUUCAUGACCAUACCUUAACGGAUCAAUGCGACACGCUUGAAGCAGUUAGAUCAUGCAUUAGCCCUUUUC